CCACAAUCCAGCUCGUCUUUUGCUUUCUUCCUCUGUUUCUGCUGUUUCGCUGAAGAAUCAAAAUCAACAAAAAUAAAUUAGGGUUUCCAUUAUUCGCAGAGCUCAAAACAAUGGCGAGAUCCAGCUUUUCCCGCCUAUUCUCUUCAAUUUCCGAGAUUUCCACUCCGAAACUAACCUCCACCUGUUCCAGAUCCGAUCUCGCUCCCUACUCGGCAACUCGCCUCCUCUGUUCCACAAACCAGCAACCUCAGAUCAACCGUCAAUCCGCCGUCACGGGAGAAAAGAUAGAAACAACAGAGAAGGAGAAUCUUGAAAUCGAGGACAAGGUAGACGAAGAGAACGGAGAUGAAGAUGAUGACGAUCAUGUGAAUAAAGAGACCGGUGAGGUCGGUGGCCCUAGAGGUCCCGAGCCUACUCGCUACGGCGAUUGGGAACGCAACGGUCGCUGCUCUGACUUCUAAAAUUUUUACCCAAUUUAUCAUCUAUUCUCAAUCAAUAAUGGGUACUCUCUUUGAUUUGUUUUCCUUAAUGUGAAGUUAUGAAUUAUACAUUUUCUACUUUUUGAGUCGUUGUGUAAUGAAACUCUGAUCUUUUCCAUUGAAGAAGUAUUGUUGUUUUUAUUAUUUCUCUUUUUCUAAGCAUUUAGGUUGGUAGUUUGACUUGUUCCACAAGUGGAGUCUGUCAGCAUUUUUUUG